CCUAGACCGUGUUACCUUGUUUGUAUACCGGCUUUGUACGCCAAUCCGGUACAAAUCCAAGUCUGCCUUAUUCUAUGUCGGAAAUUCAAGCUAUACAACGGCAACUCAAGAUUAAAGCAGGAGCUGCCAAGCGCCUAAUAAAAGAACACAUCCUCUAUCGUAAAGAGACCGAGGAACAGCAACAAAAAGUAGCCAAGCUCAUCGCAGAAGGUAUUCCCGAUGAUGAAUGGGAUCUCAAGAACGCCAAAAAGGUCCUUGACGAAUGCAAUAGAAUGAUCGAUGACUCUGCAACGAGGUUGGCGAAAGCCGCAGGCGACCUUGGAGAUCUCGUAAUCGCUGCCAAGGAACGUCCUGAACUCGCAGAGGUACCGGAACUGCUCGAUGCCGAAAAUGUACUCAAAGAAGGAAAGGAGUUUGAGACGGAUAGCCUUUGAAGUUUGGAUGUUUGAAUGCCUUCGACCACGGUAGAACUAUGAUUUUGAAAAUUCAAACUAUCUGGAUCAGGUUACAGAAUUCCGUCUAAACUUUCUCUAGCUCUGGGGUUCCCCCCCGGCGUAUCAAGUGACAAGAGCUACUGGUCAUCUAUGAUUACUCGUUUUCGAAAGGAACAGUGCU